GACUUGUGUAAUUGGACAGAAAUGACGUCAAAAUUUUAAAAUAACUCACGAUUGCACCACAUCCGUGUUUGUAUUUUUACUGUUUAGAAGUAUAAGAACUACCGAAGGGCAGGGGAAGACGUGUUGCACUAGGCACUUGUGUCUAGCCUUGUUGUUUAGGGCAACAGUAGGCAGUCUGUUUGGAUCAGGUUAGCUAACAUCAGUUAGUCACCAGAUACAACAGUCUGAACAACCCCUUCAGGUUGAAAGGAACAAAAGUGAAAAAAGAAGGAAGCAAAAUAGCUGCAAGUAAUACUUUUGUUAUUGACAACACGGAACUAUUUACUAAUUUAAUCAUGCAGUCACAAGACAACACUCAUCUUGAAUGCCAAGACCAAUCCACAAAUCUUCAAACUGACGUUGUUGAUGAUAUAUUCCAGAUAUUUGAUACCUCCCCAACAGCUGAAACCCCAGUGAUUGACACAUCUUAUUUAACCACGUACAGUAUCGAAGAUGAAUGGCCUAUUUAACAGAGGUUCAAGCCCAAAUACAAAACUCAGAUCUUUUGAUGUUGAAGAGAAUCUCUUAACAGAACAGUUCCCUUCAGACCUGGACAGCUUGUUACUUUCAAAUGACAUAUCCAAACUCCUUCUACCACUGGAUGCUGAUUCUUCCCAAAAGUAUUUGGAUGAGAAUAUUGCACAAGGUGUAGGUUCUACAGAAACUUCUUUUGAUUCAGAUCUCCUACUUGAUUCGCAAACAUCUCUCUUGGAAUCAGAGCCACUGUAUGAGCAUUACUCUGAAUUAGAUAAGAUGCUGGAAAUUUUGUCACCUUUAGAUGAUCAAAAGCUGGAGUUUUACCAGGAGACAAACCAGAAACUAAGUGAUACAUCUGAAAUUGACCCUCUCCUAGAAGUUUACUCUGAACCAAUUGGUUAUAUUGCUUUCCCUGAUGCAGAAGAAAAGCUGAAAAUUUACCCAACAGUAGAUGAGAAACCAAGUCUUUAUACAGGGUUAAAUCAGAAUAUAAAGACUUGCCCUAUGAUAGAUCAGAAUUCAAAGACUUAUCCUCCAACAAAUGAAAUUCUUGAGGUUUUUCCUGAACAAGGUAAGAAACAAAUUACCUCAACCCAUCAAAACUCACAAAAAGUAUGCCUGAAACAGGUGCCUGAGAAUAAAGUUACAUUUAAGAGGCAGAGCUACACUCUACCUCAUUCAUUAUUACUGAAUAACAGUCAUGUAGUAGGUACAUCAUCAUCAUCAUCAUCCACAACAACAACUGUUGAAAACCACAACUGUAGUCCUAAUAAGAAGCUUCGUCUAGCAGGUGAAAUCUCCAAUACAGCCCAAAUAUCUGUAAGCAAUAGACAAAUGACAACAUCAUCUCUCACAGCUGGUGAAAUGUCUGCAAUUGAGAAAUAUAAUGAAAGGAGAAGACGAAAUAAUAUAGCAUCACGCAAAUCAAGAGAGAAUCGUAAGAAAAAGAAUCAAAGUGAUUUGAAGGAACUGGAAGAACUUGGUAUAAAAAAUGAAAAUUUGAAGCUGAAAGUCAAAGAUCUUGAGGAAUGUUUGGAAAAGACAAAAGCAGAAUUAGUAAAAGCAUUGAUGUAAAUAUCUGGAAGGACUUGAAAGUAAAUAAUGAUUUUACUUACUAAAACGUUGUUGAUGUUUUAGAUAUACUGAAUGUUUUUGUGUAUCAGUUGGGAGAAGGUUAAACAUCACAAAUUUUCAUUUCUUUCAUAUAACUAUGUAAGAAUUUGAUAUCAUGUUAUUAUUACUGAUUGCAUUCUAGUGCUUAUACAAAAAUUGUGACCAUCAUGAAUAAUGCACCUAUAAAAUAUUUAUGUUACCCAAAGCAGUGAGCUGGCAGAGUUGUUAGCAUGUCAGGCAAAAAUGCUUAGUGGCAUUUCAUCCAGCUUUACAUUCUGAGUUCGACUUUACCUUUCAUCCUUUCAGGGUCGAUAAAAUAAGUACCAGUUGAACACUGGGGUUGAUGACAUCAACUUACCCUUUCCCCCAAAAUUACAGGCCUUGUACCAAAAUUUGAAACUAAUAUUUAUGUCACUGGAGUAGGUGGCCUGUAACAUGAUUUUGUAUAAUUUUUUUUCAAUUCUGUUUUUGACAUUUUUUAAAACUUUAUUUUAACUUUAAAUAUGAAAUAACUAUAACAAGUAAGAUAGCUCCAAUUUUGAGAAAUUAUAAUUAUAAAUGUAUAUAAUUUCAGCAGGGAGUUAAAGAUGGUAUAAAAGUUUUUAAAUUUUAAAUUUAACUUCAUACAUUAUUAGGCUGGAAAUUUUAGUAAUUACAUUAUUUCUUGUAAUGUAACCCUAUAAAGUUGACCAGAACUUUAUUUAUUUUUUGUUUGAGUCACUAGCAUUUAAAAUUAUUUUAAUUUCAACAUAAAAUAAAAUCUAGAAAAGAGUGUAAUCUUAUUUUUGAAAAAUCAUGAUUAGCUGCACAUAUGUUUAAAUAAGUUAAAAAAACAGUGUUGAAUAUUCAAAAUUAUAAAUGUAAUCCUUCUUUAGAAUUUUGUAUUUGCAUUUCUAGCUACAAUUUUAAAGAUCAAUAAUUGACCAUUAGAUAUGGAUUUUAACUGCUGAUUGUUAAACUGCUUAUUUUCUGAACUUCAGCUUUUAUUCAUUUUAUUCUUUUAUACAUUUCAGCCCUACGGCUGUGGUAAUGCUGGAGCAUUUUUUUAUUUUAGUGUUUUUUGUUCAGUUAACCAUCCCCUCCAACUUCAUGAGAAUUUAAGAAUAAAUUCUUUCAAUUUAUCAAAGUUGGUUGUAAGAACAGUUACUGAAGUAACUAGUUCUUUGUUGAUGCCAUUUUUAUGAGCUUUUUUUAAAACCAAUUCCAUUAUAUUCACGUGAUAAAUAUUUAAGAAAAAGAUUACCUUUUCAAAAUUCUAAUCAUGAAAGUUAAAAAAAAAAAAAAACUUGUGAAGGAAAUGUUUUCUUCUUAUUGUUAAAGAAAAACUGCAAUAUGUUUGUUACUUUUAAUAUGAGAUAUUUCUUGUUAUCCUUUAAUAUGAAUGUGGGCAGUGAACUUGCAAAAUCAUUAGAGCAACAGAAAAAAAAAAAUGGUUUGUGAUAUUUGUCCCACUCUUUAUAUUCUGAGUUCAAAUUUCACCAUGAUAAACUUUGCCUUUCAUCCUUUUGGAGUUGAUAAAGUAUUGAUAAUACCAGUAAAAUACUGAGGUUGAUAUAAUCGACUAACUCACUCCUUUUAAGAUUGUUGGCCUUGUGCCUAAACCAGAAACAAUUAUCCUUUGAUAUGGGUGCAAUUUUUUUAUUUAAGAAACUCUUUCACUCUCUGUCACAUUUAUUCACAGAGGAUAAUUUCAGAAUGCACGACAUAACACACACACAUACUGUUUGAAAUGUUGCCAAGAAACUCUUUCACCUAGAGAGUAAAAUGCAUCUUUCACUAUCUGUAUACAAAAUGAAUUUAAUUCUUAUUUAUUAAUUUAACUCAUUCUUUAUCAAAUACACCUAAUUGAUAUAUUAGCACUGCUGCAUUUCCAAAGACUGGAAGAACCUGGAACUCUUGUUCUAUAUUCCCGGUUAUUAAUGUCUGUUAUAAUUCCUUCCAGUUAUUGCUAUUUUUGAUUUUUUUUUUUAACUUCAACUUCGAUAAAACCUUUUUUUUUUUUUCAUUUAUAUUUUGUACCAGAAUAUGUGGAAGACAUUCUAAUUGAGUGGUGUCAAUUAUCUAAAACAAAACUAUAUUUAUUGAUUUAGAAAUUGUAUAAUAAGCAACUGAGUUAUUAAGGCAACCAAGAAAAAAAUUCUUUGGGUUGAAAGAGUUCAGAAUAUUAAAAGAUGAAGCUAAUGAUUCCAUCCAAAGAAAACAAAAAAAAAUACAAAAUAUUUUCUCCGUUUUUUGGAGGACUUUUGUAAAUAA